CAUAAGCAAAACUCGCAUCGACAAAUCUUGCUGGACUGUUCUCCGGGAAAGGACGGAGAUAGGGACGAAGGUAUUCGUAAUCGGAGAUCUUUCGUUAAGUUGGGAAACGCGACUCUGAGAAAUCAGCGAAAUCCGGUUCCAGAAUGGCUGCGAAUGCAAGUAGAAAAAUUGCUUCGGUUUUACUGUUCUUUCUAUUAUCACUGCCAUCGAUUUCUCUCGCUUACAGGCCUGGAGACAUAGUUCCCAUGAGCAAGAUGGGUCAAUACCACUCGUCGAGAACUCUGUGGCAAGACGUGAUCGGUAAACACUGCCCUAUAUUUGCUGUUAAUCGCGAGGUUUUGAUUCCAAUACCAAAACCAACAGGUUAUACAGGCGCUGAUCCCUACAAAAUAUCAUUUCAAGUCGGAAGAGAAAAGUUUCUAAUUCCAUGGUUGUUUCUGAUAAAUCGCAAAAGUUCUGAGGUUCCAAUGAUUGAUGUGCACUUGAGAUACUCAGGUAGCGAUCUACAUGGGGUCACUGCAAAAGUUGUAGACAUGCCUCAUCACUAUAUUGAAAUCCAUCCAGACAUUCGCAAGCAGUUCUGGGACCCUCAACAUUGGCCUAAGCAUGUUCUUGUAAGAUACACAUGGGAGGAACAAUCAGAUAUUGAUGUUACUUCUGGAUUCUAUGUGUUGUUUGGUUCAGUUGUGAACACAGGGUUGAUGCUGUCGUUCAUUCUCUCAAUCUAUAUCUUGCAGUCAUCACGAGACAAAUUAGCAAGGUUUGUAAUGGAGACAGUUGCAGAAAGCAACAUUCCUGCUGGAGGAGUGGCUAAAGUUGAAUAAGGAACUUUCAAAAGUUUCAACACAUCUCAUGCACAAAUACAAAUACAGAUUUUUUACUUCCAAGGUUUUAUUCAUGCAAUCAGUUCCUGCUGAGAUCUGAAUAUUUAUGCGGAGAGCUUUAAAUCCUAUGGGCUUCAAGGAAACUUACAAGUUGAUGGAAGUGACCAAUUAGGCUAAUUGCAUUGUAGUCUGGUUGUUGUAGUGUAUGUUAAAUAGUUGAAUGCAUAUUUGUGCACAAGAAAUUUGAUUACAUGCACUGGGAAUUUGACUGGUA